GAGGCAAUCGAGUAGGCCUCUUACUUGUGUCUAUUGUGUAAAUUUCUCGUGAAUGUUUUACAUUGUUCAACGUAUAUUGACGCAACAAGAAUUUCGCUCGUUAACAAAAUGUCUGAUGUCGAAGUGGAGCAACAUCAAAUGCAGCAGCAACAGCAUCUGCCGCAGCAGCCACUCACGCCGACGCGUCGUCGCCGUCAGCCGGCACGUCGAGAUGGUUCCUGUAAUGCAACACCGGAGAGCAGCACAGAGCGUGCCGCUGGCUUUUGCCCGUUGGCCAAUGGUGUCGAUGAUAACUGGACGUGGAGCAAGCGCUUCCGUUCCAAGGAGGUUGUACUCAGUGGUGCGAAUUUUCGCACAGUGCACUUUCAUCCCAAUUGGAGCAAAGGCACUGCCGGUAUACAAGGCAAACGACCUUUGAACAACGGUCGCUACUACUGGGAGCUGCAUGUGUCCCAACGUGUCUUUGGCACUUCCAUUAUGUUUGGCAUAGGCACGCGUUCAUGUCGUCUGCAUGCAAAUGCCUUUCGCAAUAUGAUCGGCGAGAACGAGCAUGGCUGGGGGCUCUCACACAAAGGUGUGCUCUGGCAUAAGGGUGUAGCGCUUUUAUAUACCAAACGAUUCCGGGAGAACCAUCCCACACAAAUAGGCAUUUAUUACGAUGGCAUUGAAGGCACAGUGACCUACUACAAAGAUGGCAAAUGCCUAGGAGUUGCCUUUAGAGGAUUGCACAAGGUAACGGAGCCACUAUAUCCCAUUGUUUGCUCCACUGCGGCAAAGACCGAGCUAACGUUGAAGUGUGCGCGUCGUGAGUUUGUCAAUCUGCAGGAUCGUUGCCGUGCUGUUAUAAUGCGACGUGUGCGCAAUGCUGGUAACCUGGAGAAGCUCAAAUUGCCGCUGCCCAUACGCGAUUAUCUGAGCGAAGUUAUAGAUGAUAUGGAGCCACUGCGUCAGGUAAAUGAAAAGGAGAUGUGCAUAAUGAAUUAUGACUUAGAAGCUUAAGCAGUUCUAGUUGAAGCCGUGAAAAUCGAAUAUCGUAAUCGAAAAUCGAACAGUGUGCCAUAAGAAAACGAAGGAGGGCAUAUAAUUAAUUGUGUUGUAAAUUUCAAGUACUUGUACUCACCACAAUUUAUUUAAGCUUGUAAAAAAGAACAAAAACUUACCAUAUUAUUAGUUUAUAUUUGUGUUCAAUUUUUAGCAAAAUUAUUUUCUGGUAAUAGGCCAAUUUGGUGCAAUAUUUGUGAUAAGGCGGCGCAGCAUUGAAACCUCCACUUUAAAACAAGCUAUAUACUUAAACAUAAAUAGCACUAAGCAAUUAAAUAGACAAACAUACAUAUUCUGUAUUUUGGUACGAGUGUGAAAAUCUAGUCAAAAGCACAUGUAUAUCAAACCGAAUUGUAUUAAUUGGUAAUGCAGCAAACAGUUUACAAUAGUUAAUAAGUUCUAGUCAAAGUGGAUCUCAUUUAGACAACAGUAGCUGUAAAAAAAA